ACCAUUGUUUCUUCAUGAAGGGCGCGGUCUACGGACAAAACACAUCCGGGACGGUGUUCAGCUACCAGAUAUUGCCAAGGACAAUUAUUAUGACUUUAACUUCCAGGAGGUACAACGUGUGAAAAACGAGGUCCAUUUCCGACCGGGAGAUGAAAUGAUCCAUCAAUGCAAUUACAAUACUAUGAAUCGCGACAAACCCACAUAUGGAGGAUUGGCAACAGCAGAAGAAAUGUGCUUAAAUAUCAUGUGGUAUUAUCCUCGUUUGCCAAACUUCAAGUAUUGCACAAGCACAUCGCUAAUAGGACCUUACAAGUUCGUCGAAAAGCACUUUCCGAAAUUGAAGCCCUAUGCACACCGAUGGUACAACCCAAUGACCGCUAUUAAACCAAACUGGACUGACGAAAUGACUUCGGAUUUGAAAAGAUUUUAUGAUGAAAACAAAGUCAUCACAGACUGCACAAAAGGGAAUAUCAGUAAUAUCAAUGACUGGUUAAACCCCGAUAAUCUUGCUAACAAAGUUACCAUAAAGAAGCCUUACGUACCCCCGAUAUCGCGAUGUGACGUAAUGAGCUCGUCCCAAGCUCUUCAUGGUGGAGUGUUAUACAUCUUGGGUACGGUGGCCUGGGCGUUAUCAUCAAUACCUCAGUAAAAUAUUUUACGGAGAUUGGAUGUAUAACACGUUGUUUAUAACACGUUGUUUUUUAAUUGCUUCAAUCUUCAAUCGCCUGCUUGUAAAAAGACAUUUCCUUAUAACACACGUAUUUUUAUAACAUUAUAAAUGGAUUUAAAAAUUCCAUUUCUUUUAUUGCAAUAUAAUCAUAUUUCAAACAUGGCCGACAUCUUCCAUUCAAUAGUUUUCCGACGGGCAUCCCAUAGUAUCUCACUGAAUGGAUACCAUGAAAGUUGUAUGGCUUUGUCAGAAACUAUAACACAUUUGGAUGUUAAGCUAUCUUUAAUGCAUUGGUAAGCCUGUACAGAAUAAUGCUCGUAUCGUAAGCACUCUUUCAAGAUGUAAUUAUUAUAUAUUUCGUAGCAAUAAAUGUAUAAAUAUUUUUAAAAAACCUAUUAUUGAUAUCUUAUAAAAGGAUCGCUACUGCUUAUUGGUCUGUCAGACAGUAUAAAUCAAACACAUGUCAUUGAAUUAAAGAAGGCUGGCGGCUAGAAAAAGAAAAACAGAAA